UUUUUUCAAGAAAUAUAAUGAAAUAAUUGUGAACUUUCAUUCGAAUAUAAUGUAAUGAAUUAUUUGUUAUUAGUUCAAUUAUUUGUUAAAAAUUUGUUAUUAUUAUCCAUAAAUAUACUAAAUAUAAGCAAAUAUUUAUAAACCUUAUAUGUGUAUUAAAAAAUUGUUUAUCUUGUGGAAAGAAACAAUAUGUCCACUAUUCUUCUGAGCAUUCAAUAUUUUCAAUUUAUUAAAUAUUAUAAUAUAAAUGUGAGAUAAUGUAAUUUCAUUUAUCGCUUUUUGACAAUGUAUUUUGUUGUAAAACUUGUUUUCGAAUUUUAUUUGUGAAUCAUGACAGAGUCGGAGCUUUGCCGGCUCUGUGCCGAAACCAAAGAGAAUUUUAUUGGAAUUUAUGAAGCAGAAGGACAAAAAUUAGCCAUAGAAGCAAAAAUUGCUAAAUGUUUACAAAUUCAGGUACUAACAAAUGAUGGAUUACCACUUACAGUUUGUAUAGAUUGUUGUAUUUUAUUGAAUCAGUGUAAUGAAUUUUUUGAAAAAACUAAUCAAGCACAAAUAUCUUUAAGACAAUUACUUCUUGAUCCUAAAGUUGAACCACAACCCUUAGAAUCAAAUAUAAACUAUAUUGAUAAAACAAUUACAUUUCCAAAGGAAGAAGUUAAUGAAGGAAUUGUUGAAUGUCACUUAUCAAAUUAUAUCCAUGACACCUCUAAUGUUUCACAUAAUUAUUUUAUCGAAGAAAAUAAAAAUGAUAAUCAAAAACAUGAAACUGAAGAACCUCAAGAUAUUAUAAAACAAAAAAAAUGUAAAAUUCAAUUAAAAAAGGCUUCAGUUAAACAAACUAGAAAGAAAUUAAAACGAAAAAAUCAGAAAAUGGAAGAUUCUGAUGUAUAUAUGAAUACUGAUUUAAAAAAAGAAAAUAAAAAGAAGUUUUUCAGAUUUUCAACAAAGCCAAAUUUAGUCACACAUAAACGUAUCCAUUCUGGUGUUAGAAAUUUUACAUGUGAUCAAUGUGGUAAAAGUUUUAUUCAAAAAGGAAAUUUAGAAGCUCAUUUUUUAACUCAUUCAGCAGACAAACCAUAUAGUUGUACCCAAUGUUCAAAAGCUUUUAAAACGCCAUUGCAAUUAAAAAAGCAUGAAACAGUUCAUACAGGAGCAAAACCACAUCAGUGUGCUGUAUGUGGAAGAACUUUUAGAGAAAAAGGUACAUUAAGAGAGCACCAUAGAAUACAUACUGGUGCAAUGCCAUUUACAUGUGAAUUUUGUGGUAAAUGUUUUCGCUUUAAAGGAAUAUUAACUACACAUAGAAGACAACAUACUGGUGAACGUCCAUAUAGUUGCUUAGAAUGUCAACACCAUUUCACAAAUUGGCCAAACUAUAAUAAACAUAUGAAACGUAGACAUGGAAUUAAUACAUCACAUACAAAGCAUUUGUCACAAUCUCAACAAAUACAAUCACAGCAACAAUUACAAGAACAGCAACCAGAACAAUCACAAAUAGAUCAAUCAAAUGCAGAGCAGUCAUUGUCUAUAUCUAAUACGGAAUCAUCAACUGUACAUGUGAUACAAACUAUUUCACAUACUGCAACUCAACCACUUAUUGUACAAACUAUUCCAACUAGUACUGUUCAAAAUUUUCAACCUGAUGUAUCCAGCACAGUACAAGAUACAGUCUUUCGAGAAAGGAAUACAACAUAUUUUAAUACAGUGCCAGCAACUCUGCAAAAUUUCUUACCACCUAAUUUAUCAUAUAAUUUUUAUAAUAUUUCUAAUGUUACAUAUAAAGAAUGAUUUAAUAUAAUAUAAUACAAUCAUGUUACUCAAAUCAAUUUUAAGAAAUACAUGUAUAAGUUUGUUUAAUCAAUAAGUAACAGAUAUUCCUUUCUGAUUUUUAA